GAGAACCCAGGAGAAGCCACCUGCAGCUGAGGACCGGGGCCGGCGGACGCCAGUCCAGAGGUGAACCGGUUCCUCCUGGUGUUGCUUUGACUGGUGGACCAGUUAAGAUGGCCGCCAGCCCAGAGGCACCGGGGCCUUGGUACUUGGCCCUGCUGGGUUUUGCAGAACACUUCCGCACGUCGAGUCCCCCGAAGAUCCGCCUGUGCGUCCACUGUCUGCAGGCGGUGUUUCAGUUCAAGCCGCCCCCGAGGGUCGAGGCCCGGACCCACCUGCAGCUUGGCUCGGUGCUGUACCGCCACACCAAGAACCGUGAGCUGGCCCAGACUCACCUGGAGGAAGCGUGGCUCAUAUCACAACAAAUCUCUCAGUUUGAAGAUGUCCAGUUUGAAGCAGCAAGUAUUCUGUCGGAGUUCUACUGUCAACAGAACUUGGUGGACUCGGCCAAACCUGUUUUGCGGAAGGCAAUCCAGACCUCUCAGCAAACCCCCUACUGGCACUGCAGACUGCUUUUUCAGCUGGCACAAUUGCAUGCACUGGAGAAGGACUUGGUGUCUGCGUGUGACCUCCUCGGAGUUGGAGCAGAAUAUGCAAGAGUCAUGGGAUCUGAGUACACAAGAGCUCUGUUCUUAUUAAGUAAAGGAAUGUUGCUGCUAAUGGAGCGCAAGCUGAGUGAGGUGCAUCCACUGCUGACGCUGUGUGGGACCAUUGUGGAGAACUGGCAGGGAACCCCCAUUCAGAAGGAGUCCCUCAGAGUUUUCUUCCUCGUGCUGCAGGUCACACACUACCUGGAUGCCGGACAGGUGAAGAGUGUGAAGCCAUGUCUGAAGCAGCUUCAGCAGUGUAUCCAGACCAUCUCCACUCUCAAUGAUGAUGAUGAGAUCCUUCCCACUAAUCCAGCAGCUCUCUUUCACUGGCUGCCCAAAGAACACAUGUGUGUGAUUGUGUACAUGGUGACGGUGAUGCACUCCAUGCAGGCUGGUUACUUGGAGAAAGCACAGAAGUACACAGACAAAGCUCUCAUGCAGCUGGAGAAGCUGAAGAUGCUGGACAGCAGCCCCAUCCUGUCCACGUUCCAAGUCAUCCUGCUGGAGCACAUCAUCAUGUGUCGGCUCGUCACCGGACACAAGGCCACAGCUUUACAAGAGAUUUCUCAGGUUUGUCAGCUUUGCCAACAGUCUCCCAGGUUAUUUACAAAUCAUGCUGCCCAGCUUCACACACUGCUGGGCCUCUACUGUAUCUCAGUGAACUGCAUGGAUAACGCUGAGGCUCAGUUCACCGCCGCUCUGCAGAUGACCACGCACCAGGAGCUGUGGACGUUCAUUGUGACCAACCUGGCUUGCGUCUACAUCCGGGAGGGCAACAGACAUCAAGAGCUGUUCACCCUUCUGGAGAGGAUUAAUCCCGAUCACAACUUUCCUGUCAGCUCUCAUUGUCUUCGGGCGGCAGCAUUUUACAUCAGAGGGCUCCUGUCUUUCUUCCAGGGACGUUACAACGAGGCCAAAAGAUUUCUAAGGGAGACCCUGAAGAUGUCUAACGCCGAGGAUCUAAAUCGGCUCACAGCUUGCUCGCUCGUAUUACUGGGCCACAUCUUUUUGGUCCUGGGCAACCACAGGGAAAGUAGCAACAUGGUGCUUCCUGCCAUGCAGCUUGCCAGCAAGAUCCCAGACAUGUCUGUGCAGCUGUGGUCCUCCUCUCUUCUCAAAGAUCUGAACAAAGCUUGUGGAAACACGAUGGACGCCCACGAGGCGGCUCAGAUGCACCAGAACUUUUCCCAACAGCUCCUGCAGGACCACAUGGCAGCCUGCAGCCUCCCUGAACACAACCUCAUCAGUUGGACAGACGGCCUCCCCCCUGUGCAGCUUCAGCCUCAGAAUGGCCCUACAACCAGCCUGGCCAGCCUGCUCUGAGAUCAACAGCCCACCCUGACGGGGGAGAGGAGACGCAGAAGAGCAGCUGGAGAGAAAACAUGAACAGAAAAUGGGGAAAUGCAUUAUAGAGGAGGGGUAAGAGGAACAUUUUAAGCAGGGAAUACUGCAGUGUGUCAUCUGGCAGGCUUCCAUUCAGUGCAUUAUUUGGGGCACUGGAGCAUCAUGAAUAGAUUUUCAGUAACUGAAUAUUUUUUAGAAAGCAAAGGGGUCAUGGGCUCACUUUCAAAACACUGGCACACUUUGGAGUGGUUGCCAAAGUUGGAUAAGUAGAUUUCCACUCUUAUGUCUGUUUGGUGGAUAUGAAGCUUCAGCCAGCCGACAGCUAACUUAGCAUGAACACUAGAAACAGGGAAACAGAUGCAGAGUCAGAUCCACCUUCUCAUCAACUCCUCAUGAAAAGAAACAUGUUCCUGAAAAUGUCGAACUUUUACGUUUUAAAAUUUGUCAGAUUUUUGCUGCUGAUUAAGCUGAUAACUCUUUCUAGUGGGUAUUUUUAUUAUAAUGUUUUAAAACAUCUGAGAAAACACAGAUUUUUUAAGUAAACUGUCAUAUUUCCACAGCAGUCUAUAUUUCCACGGCAGUCUAUUGUUGUUCAUGAAUUCCACGGCUGUUUGACCAGUUCUGAUACACUGUAUUAGGGCACAUUUCGAUAUACAUCUGCAAUGAGCUUUAUGUAGUGUAGUGGUAAUUUGGUGUGUAUUUGGUGGUUGAGCUGCACAGGUACAUAACAAAUGUGAGUCUUCAAGCAAAGCUGAGAUCGACACUAAGUUAUAUUAGAUUUAAUUACUGGAACCAUCCAGCACUGUGUAUUAAUGUUCCCAAAGGUAAGAAAAGUGAACUCUAAUGUGUUUGGAGACUGUGAUGCAACAGAAGUGGAGGUGAAUUGUUGACAUUGCAGUUUAGUCUCCUUGAUUCUGGCUGACAGUAAUUCCCUUUAGAUUCUUAGCAUUUCACUCUCACUGUGAUGUAAUGUUUAUAAGCUGUGCACAUUUUGCCUGGAGUCAAGAAAUUAGUAACAAUAGUAAUAUUUCUACUAAAUAAGAUUGACUGUUACCUGUUUGCACACAUGUUGUUUCACGAUGAAACAUAAAUGUUUAUGUAUUUAUAUGCACUUUGGAGUACUUGUAUUUUUAUCAUUUCAGUUCUUCCUGUUACACUAAUUUCUUCCACAUGAGGGCAGCGUUAUUCUCUAUCCACCUAUUGUAGCAUUCAGUUACAUCAGAUGCCUUUGUUCUUUGCUGUUGAUUUUCAUAACUGGCAGGAUUUUCAGUUUACAGUUUCCCUAUUGCUGGUAAGGUACAUUUUAGUUUAAUCCAGGGUACUUGUGGUUUUGGUUGUUCCUUUACAAAGUGUUGGAUGCUAUUUAUUUUAUUGUCAUUGUAUUCACAAUAUGUGUAAAAUAAAUGGAAUGUUUGAUAUUUUCCACACGUUUUAUGAAUAAAAAUUAAAAAGUGGAA